GGACUCUGGGCUGCGCCUUGGUGGCCGUGGGCUCACCCGUUGUGACCCUGGGCUCGGCCGUCACAGCAACCUGCACCAUCCAGAGGGAACUCUGCCAGGGCUUGGCGGGGAAGGUCCGGAUCAGCUGGAUGCUGGACAACAAGCCCGUGGCUGGGAGCCAGCGCCAGGGUCCGGGGGGCACGGAGGUGUCCGAGCUCACCCUGCCCCAGUUCAACCGCACGCAGGCCAGGCUGUGGUGCUGCGUGGAGUGGAACGGGACCAAGCAGCGCGUGGGCAUGGCCGAGAUCAGGGCGGGCUACCCUCCUGCAAAGCCCCUCAACCUCAGCUGUGUCCUGAACCUCGGCGACUACGGGCUGACGUGCCAGUGGGAGCAGGGAGCCGACAGCCACCUCCCCACCAGCGUGGCACUGAAGUGUGCCGGGAGCAGAGCCCAGGCGGUGACGGGCUGCACCCCGCGAGGCGGGCACAGCCACUGCACGGUGCCGCGCCCGCUGCUCCAGCUGUACCGGGAGAUGGAGAUCUGGGUGUCUGUCACCAACGCCCUGGGCACGGCCGAGUCAGAGCAUCUCUGCAUCGACCCCAUGGACGUCGCCAAGCUGGACCCCCCAACCCUGAGGAACAUCCAGUCCAUCCCCUUCCAGACCGACUGCGUUGCCCUGGCCUGGGAGGUGGCUCGGGGCACGGAGCACAUGGAGCUGCAGUGUGAGCUGCGCUACCGGGCACCCGAGGACCCUGCCUGGAGCCUGGUCACUGGCAUCGUGGGCCGGGCUGGCACCGCGCAGCGCUGCGGCUUCCUCUUCGGCACACGGUACCACUUCCAGCUGCGCUGCCGGCGCAGCUCAGCACUGGCCUUCUGGAGCGAGUGGAGCCCGGGCAGGAACUACACCACCCACGAGAAAGCCCCCUCAGGGAAGCUGGACGCGUGGUGGGGGGCAUCGGCGGCCGGGGCAUCGGGGGCGGCGGUGGGAGUGCAGCUCGCGCUGGAGGCCCCACGGCGGCACGAGGCCAAUGGGCAAGUGCUGGGCUACCGUGUCACCCUGAGCCCCAGGAGGAGGGGCAGGGACCCCCCCACCGUCUGCAACACCACCCACACCGAGUGCAACUUCUCGGCGCCCACGGGGACCAGGAGGGUCUAUCUGUCAGCCUACAAUGCCGCCGGAGAGUCGGCAGCAACCGAGGUUGUCCUCCUGGAGAGGAAAG